UGGCUGGGACAGGGCAAGUGGCUCAACGGCGCUUGGAGAGCGCGCCGAGUUGAUAUAAAGCUCCGGGCUUCUCCUGUCUUCGCAACUGCGGCCGGACCACCGGACAUAUCGGAACGCCUUGCCGCUGCCCGCCACUCCACUUCAAAACAUCAUGUGGGUGGUGUGGUCAGUUCUCCUCCUGCAAAUCGCCUCGCUCAGCUAUGCCGCAAUUCCGGAUCCACCGACUGCCAGGACAACCACAGUCGGAGCCCGAAAGCUCGCCACCGCCGAGGAUUGCUUAGGCGUCGUAGCCUUUGCCGCUUCUCACGGUCAAAUCAACGAUGCGAGGGUCGUGCUUUCGGAGACCCUGGUCAACAAAGGUGUCGGCUACGUGCCGGCAACGGGCACAUUCACGACCCACUGUCCGGGGCUUUACCAGUUCAGCUUUGCCGGAUACGGUAGUUCGGAUUUGCGAUUGACUCUGAAGCGCAAAGGAAGCAGAAGCCAAUCGUGGAUUCCCGUGGUCAGCGUAGGUCCUGGGGGAGGAUCGAACCUGGUCCUCCUGGACAUGGAGGCGGGCGAUCAGCUCGCCGUCUUUGUUGAGUCGGGAAAAAUAUCCGACGGCGCUACUUUCACCGGCCAUCGCAUGGCGAAGAAGUGAUGAACUGAAGGAAGCCCCACUUUCUCCGACUCCUGUGACCUUCUUGCUCUUUACUCUUCCUCUUAUUCGCUGUUUGUUCGUUUAUUUUCUUUUCUUUUUUGUUUCUUUUUUUUCUUUUAUUCUUGUUUGUCUCACGUUUCUUUAAUUCAUCUUUUUGAUUUUUUCUUCCGUCUUAACCGACGAAAUCAAAUCAAGUUGACUGCCAUCUACGUCGUCGAUUUGUUGCUGAUCUCCAAUAGCGCGCAAUUCUUCAACGGACUCGCAGAUCGGUUAUAUUCGAAUUAAAGACUACCAAAACCAAUGUCGAAUGGAUAUAAAAAUGCCGAGAAAGUUGUCACUUCGGACAGAUUUUGAUAUUCAUCGGCAUUUUUAUAGCCAGCUCUUGGUCAUUCGGUAAAUCAACAUAAUUGGGUGAGCAUUUUAUGCAAUCCUCCAAAAACUAGAAACUUCGUUUAAAGCCGAUAUAUAAUGACAGGAAUCUCGACAGCCAAUUUGUUAUUGUGAAAAAAAUUGGAUAACCCGUCACUGUCGCCAUCAGCUGAAAAAAAAACAACAAAAUAUUGAACUGAUAAGAAUUAAGAGUUCAAGAAAAAAAAAAAGCAAAGAUAUGUUAAUA